AUGUUCUCGGCAGCGCCGACGUUCUACAGCGGCAUGAUGGACGCCUCCACACAACUUGCUGUCAAGAAGAAGCCUACCAAGCCACGCAAGGUCCAAGCCGAAAUCGACUUUUCCCUACCGCUACAUCCUUGGGCGACCACAUAUACGUCGCAGCUGCAGCAUCUGUCUCACCAGCACGCUGCUUCCACUUCUGCUUCUGGAUCAGUUCACGAGACACCAAAGCCACAGCCACAGCCGUAUCUACAGCCCUUGUCGCAACCACAGCCGCAACAGAAAGCACAACUACAGCAGCAGCCGCAACAUCAACAUGCGUUGGCGACUCGUAUGCUUCCACCACAGUCGAUGUCAGCAGCUGCAGCACCAAUCUCAGCUUCAAGCUUCUACUCACAGCCGCAGCCUCCUCACCAGGGCAGUCUCGCGCAAACGAGAGCGAUGUCAGUGCCCAAAGCAAGUCUCGAGCUUCAAUCGGUGUCAGCGAGGUCCAGUCCUCAGGUCGUUGCUUCUUCCUCUCUAACUCUGCCGUCUAAGAAAAACUUGCCGACGCGAGCUGAUUUGCACUUCUUGCUCGGUGGCUCGUCCAAGGCAAGAGCACGUUCGUCUACAUCCAAUGCAGCCGCUCAGACACCUUGGAAAUAUACAAAAGCCACCGAAAGCAACCAAGACAGCGCACAAUCUUCUGCUUCCAUCCCACUUUUGUCGGAACCUGCUCAAGAGGUCUUGCCACACGUGAGCGCACGUGUACAGCCUUCUGGAGCUCAGCCGCCCUCAGUAUCAGCGAGCGAAGAGCGUCAUUCGAACCUGUCUACCUCAAGAGAAGCGCGUGCGCAGAAAGCUGCCUCAAAAUUGCCAGUCCGUCACCAGCAGGCUACCACAGUCGCAAAGCACGAAGAUAGCCUUCCUCUGGGCGCGGAAGCUGUGAUGAGACCGGAUCAUGGAGCAGACUCGUCGUUCGAAGCUGACGUCGAAGACGAGAGGGAGCAGGACGAUCCGAACGAUCGCGAUUUCCGUCUCUAUGACCGUCGAUUAGCAGGCGGCCGACUCUCACGCAAAACGCACGACUCUGACAAAGCGGAUCAAGUAAGCGCUCGAGAUGACCCAACUCUCAAAAGGAAGCGUGGACGCCCCAGGCUGUCGAGCACGACAGACGAAAUGGCUGGCGGUGAAACGGAUCCUGCUGUCGAUGAGCAGCCAAAACGUCGAGGGCGUCCACCUAAAGCUCGUACCGCCGAGCAGCAACCAAAACGACGCGGUCGGCCUCCAAAGUCGACCUACACGCCUGAACUCAUGCACGCAUCAGAGAGGCGCAAGAGCUCCUUUCCAUCGCCGAGAACGACCCCGGGGUGUCAACCCAAAAACUCAGCUCGACAGCUGCAGAGAGAGAGAAGGUUGCGAUUGCGUGCUCAAGCUGAAGCGCAGGCCACUGUCAAGAAGACCAGGACCGAAGCUAAAGCAGUGGAAAAGCCAAACUUGAGGUCGAGCGAGGUGGCAAAGGCGGGGCAGAGUCGUAAAGGCAAGCGGCUGCUAGAUGCACUGGAGGAUGAAAACCUGGAGACAGGCAGCGCGUCAACAAUUCUCGAGCGCGCAAAAGGCAAAGUGUCGGAGUGGAUAAAGUCGAUCAGCAGCGAACCGGGGUUGAGCUUUGAUUCGGAGGAUGUAUCCAACAAUAGUGCCAGAUGGCUCGGUCAAGAGGAUGACGAGGAUGCAACAUCAAAACACACAGCUCCGACACAGCGAGAGCAGCGACUCAAUCGGGCGUCUUCGGUGUCAAGUAGCAGCAAGCAGCGCCUCCGUCCGACCACUUCGCCACCUCCUGCAUCAGCACCAGUGCCAGCCGCAGACGGAACAUCACAAGCUCCAUUCAUAGACCAUGCGCAGAUCGACCCUCGCCUGUUCCAAUCCGACCCAGCAGCAGCCGCGUUCGCAACGGAUGACGAUGAGGAAAGAUUGGUCCAAGGCUAUUUCUCCCGAUUCGCCACUGUUACUGGUGCCGAUCAGAGCGCAAAUGUGCUGCGAGAUGCUAAUGCUGAACGUGCGCUGUCGAAGCCAAACGGCGACGCGGACGGCCCAACAUAUGAGGCUGGCGUCGAAGGCGAUGAUUAUUACUUUUCCACGUGA